AUGGCUCGCUAUCGACUCACACAACGGGCUCGCUCACGACGCUCAGAGCAUAGAAUAACCAAACAGCGCAGUCGUCGACUGCAGUUGAAGAACGAGCGAUGUGUAGUUGGAACUCUGAAGACUUCAAGCCAAUCAAUAUCUGCAGGCGAUCCCGGCGGACGUGUGUACCUGCACUUUGUGAAUAAAGACCAAUACUCUCUCCAGGAUAGUGACGGGAGCAACGUCCGUUGGGAGAACGUCAUUUUCAAGAAAGGAUUUGAUGCUCAGGAUAUUGACAAACUGGCGGAAGAGGUGGUUGGAAAGAUCCUGCGCCAGUUAGAGAGGCAGUAUUCUGUAGGCGAAAUCUAA